GCCGCGGCUGCCUGGGCCUGGGCCUGGUGACCAGGACACCCUUCUGCUUCGGUUUUGACCAGCUUUGGUUUUCAUGACAAUGGAAUUUUUCCUCUCCACCAUGGCAAGAAAGAACCUCUUCCUCAGCCUCCUGCUCUGCUACAGCCUCUUCAGGGCUGCUGAUUCCCACUUGGUCAUUGAGGAGAAGACAGAAUGCAACGUGUCCAGGAGGAGCAAAAUGGACCUCUCAGAUCUUCCACCCAUCUCCAUAGUAGAUUUAACUAGAAAAUCCCAGAAAGUCAGCAGGAAAGAGGCAGAGAACAAGAAAUCUUCCAAGAAAAAUGCUAAACGCAAGAUAUCUCCAAAGCCAAGGCCCCCACCUGCUGCUAACUGUGUGCCAACCUUCAAAACCUGCAAGCCACACUUGAAUUCCUGCUGUCACUACUGUGCUUUAUGCAAAUGCAGAAUCUUCCAGACGAUCUGCCAGUGCCUGAUGUUAAACCCCAAGUGUUAAGCGAAGUCAGAAACACUGCAAGCCUUCUGUCUUUCAUUAGCUUCUCAAGUGCACAUUUCAAAUUGCCCCAUGUCUCUAGUAAAAAAAUAGAGAGCUCUGAAGCUUGAAUUUACCCCUCUUAAAAUUUAAUGGACAGUCGUUAUUAUGGGGUUUAUGUUAUCACAAGCUGGAUGUUAUUUCAGGAAGCAGACAAACCAGGGAGAUUGGCACUGAUUAGGCAUUUUUAGCGAAAGAGCUGUGUUUUAUGAUGAGUUCUGGAUUCCUGUGGGUUUGAGCUUUUAUUUGAAGGGUCAUAUUAAUGCCAGUCUGCAGAAUUGUCUAAGCAGCACCAUAAAACCUGCCCCCACGGCACCCAAAUGGCCACUAAAACAGGACUGGUUAGGCCAGUGAGGGACUAGAGCUGGGCUUUGCCCACAGGGACAUCAUCACCAUUCAGCACAGCCAAAGUGUCAGGCUGAAAAUGCAGGGUUUGGGUUUAACUCCAUUUUCACAUAUUCAACAAAAAUCAGGACAAGAAUUUAUGUAGGUUAUUCCACCUGCAAAGAUGGACCCAAGGCUACAAGGACAUUUUUUAGUCAUUCUCAGCUAAGCAUUCACCUUCAGGGGUUUCGGUCAUUCUGCCACCAGGCAGUACCUCCCAGGGGUAUGACAUAUAUAUAUAUACUUAAAACCUAAAUGUAUCCAUGCCUUGGAAUAUAAAAACCAGAUUUUUUUUUUUCUCCAGUCAUAUGUGUAGGAAUCAACUCUUCAGCCUUUCUUCUCCUGCUGCCAAGGACGCUGCAUGUACAGAGCCCAAAAGCAGGAAGACAUAUCUGGAACUUUGAGGAAGAAAGGAAAGAUCAGCAAAAGAUGAAUGUAUGUCCCACAUGUACAUCUUUAAGCAAACCAUUCCAAGCAAUCAAUUCUUUGCCCUUUCUUGCUGCAGGAGC